AUGUUGUAACCAUGAGAUUGCGACAGUCGGAAUGGGGUCCACUGGACACGUGGGCAGUCUCCAGAAUAUAUGUUGGUCAACAUUGUCCCCAACACUGCAGCGGUCACGGGAAAUGUGAAGAGGGCGUGUGUAGUUGUGAUCCAGGAUACACUGGGUCAAUAUGCAAGCCUAGGAGAAGAAUAGAUGAAACAAUGCAGGCUGACUUUGGUAUUCGUUACGAACCUGACUCCGAUUUUAUAGACAUCUUUGGUGGAGAAGUUAUUGGGGGUGAUAAAGGUUGUGGAACAUUGCUGUCAGGAGAAACACUAUAUUUUUCCGAUAACGGCGUGAGAGAAGCUCAGACAAAGGACUUGAACACGGAAAAUGAGGAUUAUAUAGAGUUUUACCUGAGGAUAGGAGGGGGACUUCCAGAUUGUGACGGGGGAGAAACCCCAGAGGAAGGGGUCGUUCUCCAGUACUCCACGGACGGGGGAACCACGUGGAAACUGCUCAGGGAAAUGACUCCAGAAAAGUUCAGGAAAGCAAAAUUUGUUCACGUGGUGUUGCCUGAAGACGCCCGUUCUCCUUUGACUCGGUUUAGAUGGUGGCAGCCCUUCCAUUCCGGUGGAGGAACUGAUCAGUGGGCUUUGGACGAGAUACGUGUGGGUCAUUAUGAAGGCAGAAGGACAGUUGAAGAUAAUUUUAACACGCAGUUGAAUGCAAUAGAUAAAGGUGUUUGGUCCACCAUAACAGAAGGCAUUCUGGGUAAAUACUGCCAAAAUCGAGACAGAGCUCUGAUUCUGGCCAAUCAGGAGAACGACAAGUUUGUCGUCACUAAAGACCUAAACUUAGAAGCUGGUGACGUCAUACAAUUCAGGAUCAAUGUUGGUUGUAGUAACCAGUUCCGUUGGGACCACAUAGUCAUGUUGGACUACAGUCACGAUGGCGGUCAAACAUGGCGGUUACUAGAAGACCCGUGUUACCAGGAAAAUGAUUGUGACGGGAAGUACACGGAGGGAACCAUGUAUUACUCCGGUCCACAUGGUUACUGGCAAACCGUGGUUAUACCAGUCACAGAGGAGUUAGCCAUGCAUCCAGUUAUGUUGAGAUGGUGGCAACAGGGUGGAUAUCCAUUUAACUUUGGACUUGAUGAUGUUUACGUGGGACCCCCCUGUGAGAAGAACUGUCAUAGAAAUGGUGUCUGCGAACAGACCGAUUGUGUAUGUGAUGAAGGAUUUAAAGGUGAAGAGAAACUGAAUUAG